AAUCUGCAACAAUGUCGACCUUAGUAAGUUGCUCAUUUUGAGCCUCGCAGCAUGCACGAAAUCCUUGCUGACAUUCUUGUAGCCCGUUUACAAUGCCAGCGAGCCCAAUGGCGGCAACCCGGAGGUGGUUGACGUCAACGCUCAGUACGCCGGCUAUGAAUGGGAAUAUGUCUACCAGGUGAUCAUGGGAAUGCUUGUUUUCGUGAUUGUUCCUGGUAUCGGUCUGCUCUACGGCGGUAUGUCGCGCAGAAAGUCUGCGCUGGCCAUGAUCUUCCAGGCCUGGACUGUUAUGGCUGUCUGCUCAUUUCAAUGGGCCUUCUGGGGCUUCACCCUGGCAUUCUCGAGAACGGGUGGACCUUUCAUUGGCGACAUGUCCAACUUUGGAAUGAGAAACGUCAUGGCCGCUCCAUCGUGGGGUUCUGCCGUCAUCCCUGACAUCGUUUUCAGCUUCUACGAGCUGAUGUUCUGCGCCUGCGCUACCAUGAUUGUGGUCGGCGGCUCAUUCGAGCGUGGUCGUAUCAUUCCUUCGAUGAUCUUCGGUUUCUGCUGGGCAACUCUAUGCUACUGCCCAAUCUCCUACUGGACCUGGAAUGCCAAUGGCUGGCUGUACAAGCUUCCAGCUCUCGACUUCGCUGGUGGCGGUCCUGUCCAUAUCUCCAGCGGUACUGCUGGUCUGGCAUAUGCUCUUGUCCUUGGCAAGCGUACUCGCGCCGGUGAGAAGCAUGUCUACAAACCCCACAACGUCACCAUUGUCUUCCUCGGCACCACACUCAUUUGGUUUGGCUGGUUCGGUUUCAAUGGCGGUUCGGCCUUGAACGCCAGCAUUCGUGCCAUGAUGGCCGUCUGGAACACCAACUUUGCCGCCUCCUGUGGUGUUGCCGGCUGGGUCAUGAUGGACUACAUCAAGAAACGCAAGUUCUCGGUCAUUGGCGCGUGCGAAGGUGCGAUUGCUGGUCUGGUCGGUAUCACCCCCGCCGCUGGUUAUGUGUCAGUUUGGUGCGGUGCGGCUAUUGGCUUCAUCACUGCCAUUGUCGUUAACCUGUUUGAAAACGUCAAUGACUGGAUGGGAAUUGACGACGGCUUGGAGGUCUUCAAGCUCCACGGUAUUGGCGGCAUGUGUGGCGCCUUCCUGACGGGAAUUUUCGCAACGUCAUCAGUUUCGUCGCUCGAUGGUGCCACUUUGGCCCCUGGUGGCAUUGAUGGCGUGGGAAGCCAGAUUGCGCGACAACUUGCGGAGAUCGCUGCCAUUGCCAGCUGGUCAUUCACCAUUUCGUUCAUCCUGCUCAUGAUCCUCAAGUAUAUCCCCGGACUGCAUCUCCGUGUUACGGAUGAGGUUGAGAUGAUUGGUCUUGACGUCGACCAAUUCUCGGACGAACUCGUCGGUGAAUGGUCUCUCUUCAACGAUGACAAUGAGGGCGGUGGUGGCCGUCGCCAGUCGGUUCAGCAGAUCACUCAGGGUGUUUCUGCCGGCGGGCAACAGUCUAGCGGUUCUUCCAGCAACGAAGCUGCUAUCAACGAGAAGAGUGAGACUAAGGGCCAGGCUGCCCCUGGUCUUAGUCUUUAGAUACUGAAUUAUGUGGAUAGUCUAUGCUCUUGGCACAGAGACAGAUUUUCUGGAGCGAGGGCUUAGAAGCGUGGAGUCGAAGAGACCGGUUCUUGUACAAUCAGCUGUCGGAGAUUCUUUAUCGCUAUAUUAUUAUUUAGACAUCAGUCUUCAAAAUUUAUUCAUCACGAGCUUGUAAUCAG